AUGCACCUAACGGAACUUGGAGUUUCUGUGCAACCGCAGAAUGGCAUCAAGCUACACUACGUCGUAUCGGGAAACGCGCACGAUCCGCUGAUGUUGAUGGUCCAUGGAUUCCCAGAAUGCUGGUACACAUGGCGACACCAGAUCCUCGAGUUUCAGAAAGAUUACAGGGUAGUUGCCGUCGACUUGCGCGGGUAUGGUGACUCAGACAAACCACCUAACCGUACCGACUACCGUGCUGAGAACAUCACAGAAGAUCUGAAACUUCUCAUUUCCGGACUCGGAUACAACAACUGCACGUUGGUGGCACAUGACUGGGGCGGUGUCAUAGCCUUCAUGCUGGCCGAGCAGUGCCCGUCGUCGGUGAAUCGAUUAAUAGUGAUGAACACGACAAGGAGGACUAUCAUGUUCCGAUUAUUGGUCAACCACGAUCCACGGCAGUUACUGCGAUUGUGGUACACGUUUUUCUUUCAAUGUCCUUAUCUGCCGGAAGCUUUUCUCGGAUGGAGAGAUAGCAGAAUAUUAAAGGAUAUGUUUCGGACGGCAUCCGGUCAGGCAAUUCUUAGUGACGACGAGCUGGAAGCGUACAAGUAUUACUUCUCCCGGCCAGGCUCUGAGGACGGAACUCGCACUACUGAACGGGGAGAAUUGUGAAGACUAUACCGCCAGGCUGGUGAAUGGGUGCAGUCACUGGGUGCAGCAGCAAGAGCCAGAAGUUGUAAACAGGUAUAUGCGAGAGUGGCUGACCGGAAAGAAAAUAACCAUAAGAAAAGACAAAAAGAAAUAAUGAAUAUGACACACAGAAACCUUCUUUACUGACGUAAACACAACAUACCUCGGGCUAUCUGUCAUGCUAUAUGUCAUGCGUCAUGUGUCAUGCGAUGUUUCGUUGGCUUAUAAACUUGUAGUUAUAGGUUCGUCGGCAGUGAAUAUACCCAAAAGUACAUAACAGUACUCAGUACAGUGCAUACAUAAUAAACGAGCUAAUAUACAAUGGUUAAAGCAGA